UCCCGCUCAAAGUUGACAAGUUUUAAUAAACGAAAUAAUACUGUUUUGAAUUAAUUUGAAUAGAAAAUGUGUGCUACACUCACAAAAAACGAUAAAACCUUUUUAAAAAUGUGCGAUAUAAAAACACUAUUCACAAAACAACCCACUAAAGCCAAAGUUCAAGAAUUAAAAUGGAAAUCAACUAUUAAUCGACAAUCUUUACCUGUUGAAUUACCAGAAUUACCUCCCCAAAAUAUCAUUAUGGAAGUGAAAAAAAGCAAUCGACGAAAAACUGAAAGUGAUAUUGAUUUAAAUGUAGAUAAUUAUAACAUUAAUCCAUUAGAAAAAGAGAAAAUUGAAUAUUCUAGAAAGAAAAAACAUAAAAAGAAAUGUAAUAAAACUAACUGUAGUUUAAUUGUUAAAAAGAAAGUUGGUAAAGUUACUAAUAAUGAUAAAUUGCACGAUAAAAGUUCAGAUUCUGAAGUAAAGACUUCAAAAAAAAGUUUGAAGAAGUCUCACAAACAUAAGCGUUCAAAAGAUCGUGAAAAUGAAACCCCAGCCGAGGAGAUCAUUCAAAUAACUGACGGCAUACACUCAGAAGAUGACAAUAUAUUUAAAACACCAAAACGAAACGUAGCGAAAAUUAAAUUAUUUACAAAAUUAAAAAAGUCUGUAAAUAAAGGUGAGAAUGAUGAUAAAAAAGUCACACAUUCGACCGCCAAAAUUGAACUUCAGGCUAAGAAAUAUGAUGAAAUAGAAAACGAAAUGAGCAUUUCUGGAAACAGUACUGAAAUUACACAUAUUGAAGAGACCAGUCCCGAGAAAUAUAAAAAGAAAGUUAUUCAAAAUGUCUUUUCGGUGAUGAUGGAUGCAAGAAAUAAUGUUAUAGGAUCAAAUUCAGAUGGAGAGGAGAGAACAGAAGAUAUCAAUGGAUCAUUAGAAGAAAAUGUGAAAGUUAAAAGUAAAUUAAAAGAAAGAAAAAAUUUGCUUGAAAACUGGGCAAAUGAAAAAGGUGCGAAGAAGCGAAAAUUAAAAGAAGAAGCUCGAGAAGAAUAUGUAUUGAAAACAUUAAAUCGACGAGCAAAAAAAUUUAAGGCAAUGCUUGAAAAUUCAAAAGAUAAAAUAUCUGAUGUUUCAACGCCAACUCAAGAGUCUCGUACUUCAGAAAAAUUGUUAAAUCGACGUGCUCAAAGGUCAGUUGAAAGACUUCGAAUGAAAAAAGACCAAGAUUUGAAUAAAACAGCAGAAGUAACUAGUUCAACUCCGAAAACGGCAAAACAGGGAGUUCAUCAUGAGAAUGUUGAAGUUCUACCAAAGAAUUCUGAUAGUUUAGAUGAAUCACAAAAAAAUAUAUCUUCUAGAUCUUUAAGAACUCGUAAAAAUAAAAUUGAUUAUGCAGAACUUGAUGGUGGUGAAUCUAGUGCAAUAAUAAGAAUUACAGAUACUGACAGUGAUUUCGAAAAUGGUUCUGCAAACAAACGAGUUAAAGAACCCAAGAAAAAACCUAUGAAGUUGGCACCGUUAUUUAUUAAAAAAUCUACUCCUAAACUUGAUAAACAGAGUACAGAAGCUAAAAAAAAUUUUCUACAAAGUGGUUUGCCAGAUCAGUGUAUCAGAAUAAUAGAAAAACAAAAAGUGCAAGAAAAUUAUGAAUACACAUUGUUUCCGCUUAUAAGCCAUGUACUCCAGUCUGAACAAAUUGAAUACAUUUCAAAAACAAGUGACGAAAUUUGGACAAAGACUUUACGCACAGAAUCUGAUCUCAUUAAUCCUCCAUCUACGUUAAACAACAUAUUAACUUUAGGAUUAUUCACUAAUUGUCUAUGUUCCACUAAUAAUCAAAAACCAAAUUUAAUGCCAUCAACAAAACAUUCAGAUACCAAAAAACUUAUAAAAGAAUUCAAAAAAGUGAAUUCUAAAUUUCCAGUAAAUACCAUUUAUCGUAAUUUCAAAACACGAUUCGAUUCCAAAUUAGAUAAUGAUUUAUUAAAUUUAUUAUGGACCGAGAAAUAUAAGCCAAUUUCUACACAAGAUAUUAUUGGAAAUACGAAAAGUGUGGCUGAAUUAAAAGAAUGGCUAUCUAACUGGGUUGUAAAUAAGGAAAAGAAAUUAAAACAUCAUGAAUCAGAUUCGGAUUUUAUGGAUUCUGAAGUCGAUAGUCGUGAUAGUUUUUCAUGUAGAGCAAAUACAUGCGUGCUAAUCGGUCCAAAUGGUUCUGGUAAAACUACAGCUGUAUAUGCAAUUGCCAACGAUUUAAAAAUAAAUGUAUUAGAAAUAAACGCAUCUUCUCAACGGAAUGGAAAAAGAAUUUUAAAUGACAUUCAUGAAGCUACACAAUCACGACAUUUUCGUGAAAAUUUAAAUAAUUGUGUGCAAUUGAAACGAUGUGAAAAUAAUACGAAGUAUUCCUUAAUAUUAAUUGAAGAUAUCGAUAUUGUUUUUCCGGCUAUCGAUGAUGGAUUUCUGGGAGCAAUUAAUAAUAUAAUUAUGUCCGGUAAACGUCCGGUUAUUUUAACAUCAUCAGAUAGUUACUCAGCCACUACACAGAAAUAUAUGUCACAAAAUAAAACUUUGAAAUUUCAUUUGGUAUCACCGACGUUAACGAUACCUUGGUUACAACUGGUUAGUAUUAUGGAAGGAAUUUGGCCAAACGAGAAACAAGUCACUGAGUUAUAUAAUUUAAAUAAUAUGGACUUGCGUAAAACGUUACUAGAUUUACAAUUUUUAAUUUUAAGUGCAAACACUUGUGAUAAAAAAGAAGAAAAUUCUGAUAUAACAAAAUUAACGUUAACAAAUUUUUCAAAAUAUAAUUCAAUGAUAUCAUAUCCGUUAAACUUACAUGAUGUGUAUUGGAUUUUACCAAAUCAGUUGCCCAAAUUAAAAGUAGAAACGGAAGAACCAAAGCAAAUUAAAAAAUUCGAACGAGAACAAAUGGAUGAAAUUAGUACAAUAUUAGAUAAUUUAGCGUUAAUAGAUCAAGUUUAUGUAAAAAAUGAAAUUGAAUGUACAUUAAAUCCUGCUGUUUGCAUAUGGAAGUCAGAAUAUAGUCAGCUAAGUAAUAGUUUAAGUAUAAAUACAAGUUUGGAAUUAUGUAAAAAUUCAGUUAAAGUAACAAACGAUUGGACACAUUGUUUAGUAUCGCAAAGUAUGAAAAGGUUUAAUUUGGAAGAAAAUCUUGAUUGGAAAACAUCUUACAUGGAAAAAAUGAGACAGAAAAAACAAACACAAGCUGCAAAUUCAAAAUUUUUAGAUGGAAUUUCAUUAUCAUCAUAUUUAGGACCACGUAAUCUUGGACUUGACUAUUUUGCAUAUUUACGUGCAAUGAAUCGUACAGAAGCCGAACGUGUAUUAGUAAAUCAUAAGAGAGGAAAUCGUUUUUGUAAUUAUUUGAAGAGUUUAAAUAUUCAUUGUAGUGAAUCACAAUGUGAACUUAUACUAAAUUCAUUAUCGUCUAAAACAUAAAUUUUAAGAAAUAGGAAUACUAAAAUUUCUUAUUUAUUUGUAAUAAUUAUACCAUGUUUAAAUUAAUAUUUUUUGUAUUUAC